AGGUAUCCGCUUGGCGAUCCAACGGUGGCCACCAGCCCGCCCGUCAAUUUGGAGAUCUUCGAGCCUGGCAACACGACGACGCGAGGUCUUUGUUCUUCCGACGAUUACCCGACGCGAAAUUUCUCCUCCUCCUUCGAUCUUCUCUUCUCCGCGGAUCUCUUGAUUCAUGAGCCUCGCCGCCGCGAGAUUGAUGAUUUCGGGAGCUGUGAGGCGCGGCGGCAUCGAAUUCCGUGUGAUUCUUGUCCAGGGUUUUGGAUGGAAGCUCCAGCUCCAGGCGUGUACAAGAUCUGCGGCAAGCUCUGGAAUGUCGGCCCGAGGUACCUGCUCCACGAGCACAUAGGAUCUGGAUCUUAUGGAGAUGUUUGCCGUGCCACCGAUUGCCAGGCUUCGCUCACUGUGGCUCUCAAGAGAGUUGGAGAUGUUCUUUGCUGUCCUCUCUUGGCCAAGAGAGUUCUCCGCGAAGUGUGUAUCAUGCGACGUUUAUCCCAUCGAUAUGUCAUCACAUUGACGGAUGUUUUUAUAAGUAUGUCCAUGGAAGUCUCUGGCGGAAUCGAUCUGUAUAUCGCGACCGAGUUUGCUGACGGCGGUGACAUGUAUCAUUUGCGAGAACCAUUAACACCAGAACAUGUAAAGUUUUUGAUGUGGCAGUUGCUCACUGGCAUGAGCUAUAUCCAUUCAUGCCGUGUUUGGCACAGGGACUUGAAGUCCGAGAACAUACUUUUGAUGGCCGAUAUGUCCGUUAAAAUCUGUGACUUUGGCCUUUCACGGUCUGCCGAGGAGUCCGCAAAUACAGAUAUUCAGACGGGAAUCACAAGCGGGAGAAUUUUGAAUGGUCGUAAGUCCCUGACCAGGCAAUACACGAAGAUGGUUGUCACUCCCAGCUAUCGAGCACCUGAAGUUAUCAUGUCCCGUGGCCAAUACAGUUCUUCCAUUGACAUAUGGUCACUUGGUUGUAUUUUCUGGGAAUUGUUGAUACGGUCCAUCAAUCCAAAUAUGACGGGUCCUCCACUGCGGCCUUUGUUUGGUGUCCGGGAAGAACCAGUAACACCAGGACAAGGAGUGAGCUACACCACUGAUGGACACUCUCCUCUUCAUGAGCAGUUGGAUGUUAUCUUUAACGUUAUUGGAACUCCUGGAUGGAGCGACAUCGAGAGCGUUCCGAGCGAGUCCUGGAGAUCGUACUUGAAACAUCUACCGGGAAGAGCAGGAAAUCUGACUGAACAAUUGUUAGGAUACGUCGAUCAAGAAGCUUUGGAUCUUCUUUUCCGGAUGCUUGCCUUCAAUCCUGGUCGAAGGUGCACUGCCGAGGAAGCACUCUCACAUAUUUAUUUCAAGGGACUAGAGAGGUCAAAUGGACUUUUGCCGCCUGCAUUCGAAGCCACUGCUCCAGGAGAAUCCCUCUGGAACAUCAAGGAUCCUGCGGUAGCCCUCGAUAUUCUAGAGAGAGAGCUAGAGGCGUCUGUCUACGAAAAAGAUGGUGGCCGACAGAAACUGGAAAGCCUUCUUCAGCAAGAAAUAGUGCAGCAAAGGCAGCAAGAACUGUUUCGUCACUCGUUGGAGUAUCUGAGGCAAAAUGCGGUGCCACUCUCCUCCAUUCUUCCUCCUCCACCGUCACAGCCCGACUUCCGAGGUCAAGGUUCUACGAGAAGCGUUCUACUAUAUGGCGACGAGAUCUUAGGAUCCAUGCAGAAGAAUCUUCCGCCAGUUCCGAUGACUACACGGGUGACACGAAGUUCUGCCGCUGCCGCUGCCGCUGCUGCUGCUGCUGCUGCCAUCAACGUUGAAAAAUCUUCGCAAGCGAGGGCCAUGCGAAGCAAUAAAGUGCCGAGGGAGUUACGGACACAUCAGGCAGUGGUGAACGAGGAACCCAACCAGACAGAGGGUCUUCCUCGAAGAUCGCCACGUCUGCGAGAUCUACAAGCCGGUGAUCUUCCCCACCGAAAGAGACUUUGUCUCAAAGCUGGCUGACGAGCAACUGGAUGACACGAUACAGUACUAGCAAACAGAGAGCCGACUCUGGAUUCGAGCAUCAUCGUGUAGCAGAAGAACAGUGUUGAAGCCUGAUAGAGCCGAGGAAAUCCUCCCGGAAAUGACAAAUGGCUUCAAACAGGAAGGAAACAUGGCCGCCGCGAAAGGACAGACAACAGAAACAGUUUUCUUCUCGAGUGAAAGUUAAGAAGGCUGUUAUGAAUGUGUACAAACGAUCGAUCGCUUCUGAGGUAUAUUGAUUUUCAUGGAUUGCUCAAACAAACUUCGUGUUGUUUUCUGGA